AUGUUGAGUUCCUAUACCGAUUUUGGAUAUGGAUCUGACCAAUACGAUGUUUACGGUUUUAGCACACCUCGUGCCACUGAACAUCAUGGAUGGUUUGGUGGGAAGAAGACCAAGUUUCAAUUGAGAAGAAUGAAGAAGAAAAAAUUCGAUAGUGAUGAUGUGAUGAUCUUGCCGAUUGUAGAUAAUCGGAACAAUGCGGAAGAUGAUGAACUCAAACAGGCCUUGAUUCCAGAGCGAUUCGUAGAUUCCACCUAUUUGAUCGACUCAAUUGCUGUUGCUGAAUUUGAAGGAAGAUUGAUUCAUGAAUUAAGAGGAAAAAGCAGCAAUGAUAGAUCUUCAGGGUCUCUUGCAGUCGAAUGCAAACCUAUUGAUCGAGCAUCCAUUGGAGAAGCGAUUAAGGAGUGGUGUUUUUCAACUGGUGCUGAAUCGCCGCAAUUUGGUAGAGAAGGUAGAGUAGUAGUGGUGAUCGGUGUUGUUGAUGUGAUAAGGGAGAGGGUGAGAGAUGAUGUUUGUGGUUAUGGUUGUUCGACUUAA